AUCCAAGAGCUCUCAUGCAGUUUAUUCCGGCUAUUUGAUAUUCGGAGGCUGUAAUACUAUACUGCCUACAUCUUGCUGUUUAUUAUCAACUAUUUUAUUAUAUUGGUUAUUUAGUUUUUAAAAUGUGGAAGUCCGUGUCGUUAUUUUUGUUUGUUUUACUAUCAACAUCAAGUUCUUUGCCGCUUGAGGCUGAUUUUGGAAGGUCAACACCACGAACUGAUGAUGCAUUACCAACUCUAGCCACAGAAUUGCAACCACCACGACUUGAUGCCGAAACAGCAAGUUAUUCUGAGAAAAUAAUCGACGAAAGUAACCCGACACUUUCAACGGAGCUUGAAGCGCCGAAUGAAGAUGCGGAAAUCGGGGAUUUUGGGGUUGAUACCGUCGAACCGACCAUCUCUACGGAAUUAGAACCACCCACUGAAGACGCGGAACCCUUUCACCCGGGAGCCGUGUAUAUCAUAAACCUCUUCGCAAUAAAAAACGCGUCCACUAGCGAGGAAACUAACGAAAUUUUGACUGACGAAUUCGCAGCACAGAAUCCUACAAUCUUAGAACCAAUAGCGACAGUGUUGCUGGUUGUUGAAGAGGAUGACGAGGAUAAGCCAGUCAGCUUAGAUGAGCUGGCCAAAGACUUAGAGGCGGAAGGGUUCAAAGUUGAGAAGAUCGGUGAUGGAGAAACUCAAUUGAUAAAGAUUGAUAUGGAUGAGAUAGAUCAUAAAGACGUGGAGUUAAUCAAACCCGGAAAGCUUAGCAAAGUCCGAAGGCGCCGCACUUUAGGUCAAGGGGGUGGGCUUCUUAGUAAGUUGUUAAACAAACACUCGGGUGGUGAAAGUUGCCAAGUUUGCAAUGGUGGAUACCAACCUCAACCUCAACCUACAGGUGUCGGUUAUAUACCUUUAGUUAUUGUUCAACAACAACCACAACAACAUUAUCAACAGCCGAAUUAUCAACCGGCGCCUCAGCCGCAUUAUCAACCACAGCCGCAUUACCAACCGCAGCCUCAGCCACAGUACCGACCCCAGCCUCAGCCGCAUUACCAACAGCCAAAUAACGGAUGCAACACCUGCGGUGGCGGAAACCAUGGGUCUUACAGUCAAGCGUCGGCUCAAUCCUCAUCCCAAAGUUGGAAAAGUCCAAACACAAUACCUCUCGUGUACAGUAUCUAUUUCAAAGUUGCUUUAUUAAAACUCGUUUAUUCGUUUUUUAUUCUGUCGACCAUUAUGUUUCAGUCGAAUUAUUUAUUAGGAUUGCUCUUUGUUAUUUCCGUCGUACGGGCAACCCCAGUGACUAUUAAUUCGGGUAAAUUAUUUUAUCAAUUAAGGAUAUUUUUAGACGAUGACAAUCAAAAUGGAGAAGUGGUGUAUGUAUUCAAUAUUUAUUCUGUAAGAAAUAUGAAGACAAAAGAAAUAGCUAAAAUGAUUGAUCAAAAACCACUGGAGAAAGUAUCUGCCAAAUUUGAUUCGAUAGGAACAUUUAUGGUAGCCGACCCGGAAGGUAAUGAGCCAUUCACUCUCGAAGAUUUCGGGGACUUUAUAGAACAGUGGGGAGCGACGGUAGAAAAAUUGAAUGAGGGAAAAGAAUUAACAGUGAUAGAAGUUAAGUUCGACCCUGACUGGGAAGACUACGACGAAAUAUUAGACAUCGAGGAACUGAUGAGAGCUCUCCGAGCCGAAGGAAUUAUUAUGACAGUAACCCAAGACAAAGAUAAUAUUAUUUUUGAAAUAGAGCUCGACGCGACGAUAAAGGAUCCGGAGGAUCAGCCGUUCACGCUCAAGGAGCUCGCCGAGUACUUCAGAGACGAAGGACUGAAUGUCGAGGCCGUCGAGUACGACGGUGUUAUCAAGACUGUGAGAAUAACUUUCGAUCUUCCUGAGCAGUCGACAGAGCAGGAGGAUUACCAAGUCACGGAAAAACACGAUCGGCAACUGGUCACCCCGAAAACCGUCGAGGCUCCGCAGAAAAAAGAUGACCGGCCUUAUAAAAUAGAUAACUCUAUGGACAAUGCGAUCGAUCGCAGCUUUGAUAAGAAAAUGGAGAGGAAGGAAGAGCACUUUGAUGAUAAAUUCAAUAUGGUUAAUUUUAUUACACGAACUAGGAAACGGCGGUCAGCUGAUGCCUGUGGCACCGCUCAAUGCCAAGUUGGUAAUUUAAUUAAAGAAAUCGUCAACAAACACGAGCUCACUAAUUAAUUAGUGUAUUCAUUAAAUUAAAUUUAUUCACGCUAUAAUGAUGAUGAUAAAAUCAAUUAUUUGACAGAGUAGAUAAUUAAUGAAUUAAUUCGAAUGUUUGUCUACGAUAUUAGAUUAAAUUUUUUUAUUUGUAUAUGAACAUAUGUAUGAAGAAUAUUAUGACUCAAUAAUUAUUUAAUGACACUUUUUUUUUUUUUUGAUUUUUUGUCUUUAAUUAUUUGAUAGCGUGUAAUAAAAACGUCGAAAUGUUUGAAGAAAAAAAAAUAAAAAUGAAUUUAAUUGAUCUGUUAUUAUUUUUUAAUUCAUAUAAUACUUGGAUGAAAUUACAAUCAAUUGGAUUUUAAUAAAGAUGAAAAAAAAAAAAAAAAACAAUUAAAUUGCAGUGAAUAAUGAGUAAUGGCUAGUUAUUUUAUUGAGGUAUUCUAUAUUAUUAAGAGAAUAAGCAAAAUUUUGUGGCCAGCGUAUUUAUAUAAUAAAAAGGGUUUUUAUAGUUAAA